CUUUCAGCCUUUUUCCGCCACGGUACAGAUCCGAGAGAACGACGGAGUAUCUGUUAUCCUUUGUAGUCAAUUUUUACAGUUAUUGUACUGACUAGAAGAUCUCAGAUACAAGGGUUCAGCACAUUAUCCAAUUUGAUAUUGAGAACGAUGCCGCAUCCUACAAGCACACAAUCGGAUGGCAUCUUCGGUCAGCUGCCAUCACAGCAAGCCAGUAGCAUUAUGGCACAACAAAAGUUACUUUUACAACACCGGGAUGUCGAAUAUUUUUAUGCCUACGUGGCCGAAGCUGAGUUUUCCAGUGUGGGACAUUGGAUUACGCUGGAGCCGGACAAAACAUUAAGCUUGGAAAAUCUCCGAGGAUAUUACACGACAUGUUUUGGUAUCAAAUACAAAAAAGUUGUCAGCGACACUCAGGUUGAAAAUUGUUACGUACGAUACCAAAAUGGGUUUUUCCGAUUCCCAGCCGGCCUCGAUAUGAAUAACACUAGGUUUAUCGCUUAUUACUACAAUGAUGUAAAUGACGUGAAUGCUUUCAUGGCUUUGGCCGAUGCCGACGACCGAGGUCCAGGAACGGUCCCUACCAUGGACUUUGAAAAAACUCAGAAAAAUGAUUCAACGUUUCUGCAUCGAACGAUGAAUAAUUUUGAUAUGGCUAACGUACUGCAGUGUGGAGCUCAAAGUACUCCGAAGUCGGCGAGAGCUCCCGCUGCAAUUGCAUCCCUAAUUGAAAAUGUGUCAUCUACGUCCGAUGUAAUUUUCAAUGAAAAAACAAUAGAAGUUAUUUCAGUCCAUGAUUCACAAUCGAUUGUGACACAGAAACCACCGCCUCCGUUGUGUUCACCGCAAUAUGCUACUACUUCAACCGCAGUGAAUCCGGGACCAUUCGGAAUUAAAGCGAAACUUGGGCCUAGCGUUUCCUCAACAUCAGAUCUAGAGUGCCAAGGCAAACAGUUUAAACAUUACACUAGGGUUAAACAAGAACCGAUUAGUAUUGAUGACUCCAGUCUUUGUCAGAACGACCAAAAACCUGUUAUGGUGAAAGUUGUAACUGCUCCUAAAAGUAAGAAUAUGUUAAACCGUUAUCAAGCCAAUCGCGCACAGAAACCAUUAAAUAUCAACGAAAAAACGCCGCUCAAAAUUACCGUUAAAAGGCAAGGUCGCCAAACAUUACGUGACACCAAGAUAAUUAAAAUUGAGGAUGAAAAAGGGCGCACAACUGCACUUUUGACUAGACGCAAAUGCCUUGGAAACUCGAUGGCGCCACGUGAAACCAAUAAACGCCGAUACGAAUCAGAUGAGGAUUUCCAAGCCCAAACAGUCCAAAAACGUCGCAAAUUCAACCUUCAACCGCAACAAUUUCAUCAACCGGUGGAACCGACUGCUAUCUAUGACGAUUACUAUCGCACGUUGAAUAUCUUAUUAGUUGGUUUCCGCACAAGUCCACCCGUAAUUCAUGAGACAACAACCUAUUUCAGCGAAUUUGGUGUUGUCACGAAUCUUCAGCUGUAUACUUUGGAGAAUCGUAAUAGUAUUCCAGAGUUAUACGCGUUCAUGAAAAUCCGUACUGAUAAUGCCGUAUCGUUGUUUGCCGAUCGACACCUGUAUAAUGGCUCUGUUAUCUACGCAAUUCGAGUCGACGGUACUCGAUUGCCAUCGCGCGUGAGCUGCAAAACUUGCGACUAUCAAGGAUUGAACGUGGCCUAUCUUAACUAUCACAUAGAAGGCGUGGCUCAUCAAACAAGACUUCAAAAGCGGCUGAAAUCGCUUGCAGGUACGGCAGGUAAUGUGUACCGGGAUAGUUAUUAUCGCAUCACGUACGACGAAUUGUAUGUACAAUAUCCAAACGAUGCCGUCCAGGAAAUUGUUCGCAACAACUACUGGAAACGAGAGCCCAACGUAAUCGGUGACUAUAGAACGGCUGUUGUUACACAAUCAAAUUUACUCUACAAAAUUGAAAAGGGUCGUGACUACUGAAAUUCGAUCUUUUUUGCAGUAAUUCUUUUUAUAACAGAAACAAAAAUGUUGAUCGUACGUCUUUAAUAGAUAUUGAACUAAAUGUUAUCGAAUUGCAGAGCAUAGAGGCAUUGAAUGCCAUUCGCAUUAUGGUUGCUAAGAAAACCAGAACAGUGUUCAACACCGAAUCAAAGCUUACUACAACACAAGAAUAUUUUUCCACUUAAGGUGACACUCAUCACUGCUUAUGGAAUGCUACCAGAACUAAGCAAAGAAAUGGUGAUUGUUGCGAAACGCGAAUUAUCGUCUCGCCAUCGAUAGAAAAAAGAUACGAAUCAGCUUUCAAGAAACACAAUGAAAGUCAUCGGAAAGAGAUACGGUGGAUGUUGUUAUAUUUAUACUAAUGUUACUUGGUUCUGUUAACUAAAUUGUUAAAUGAUCAUAAUACAUCCGCGUUCGAAUAUUUA